AUGUCUGCCCGUCUCUCCGGCCGUCAAUCCCCUCCCGAAGAGCGCCAAAGCGGCGCACAGCAGCGCGAUCCCCCGGGCAGUGGCAAGACCAACGUCGGGGACCACCCUCCGUCGGGUUCUGCACAGCAGAAAUCUGAAGAGCAUAAGAAGUUCCAGCUGCAGAGUAACCCGGAACACCCGUUGGAGAAGAUUGAGGCGGAUAAGUAUUCCAAGCGCGGUGCGUAG